CGCUGACCACACACCCCAACCCAAAACCAGAAGACAAAUCUAACUAGUGCGUGAUGCGUUAGACACAGAGAGAGAGAGAGAGAGAGAGAGAGAGAGGAUGGCAAUGGCGAUGGCACUUCGCAGACUCUGCUCUUCCCUCAAUAAUAACCCUCUUCUUCACCGUCUACCUAAUGGAGCUCCCCUCUAUUACAUGUCUUCUUUGCCCAGCGAAGCAGUCAGCGAUAAAGAGAAGCUUCGUAUCACUUGGACAAGUCAAUUGAAUGCUCCACUCCAAGAGGUAGAUCCAGAAAUCGCCGACAUCAUUGAACUUGAGAAAGCUAGGCAAUGGAAGGGACUUGAACUCAUUCCAUCUGAGAAUUUCACAUCAGUUUCGGUGAUGCAAGCAGUUGGGUCGGUCAUGACUAACAAAUACAGUGAAGGGUAUCCUGGUGCUAGAUACUAUGGAGGGAAUGAGUACAUCGACAUGGCAGAGUCCCUAUGUCAAAAGCGUGCUCUGGAAGCUUUCCAGUUGGAUCCUGCAAAAUGGGGAGUCAACGUCCAGUCAUUAUCUGGAUCCCCUGCUAAUUUUCAAGCUUACACUGCACUAUUGAAACCUCAUGAGAGAAUUAUGGCGCUUGAUCUUCCUCAUGGUGGACAUCUUUCACAUGGAUAUCAGACUGACACCAAGAAGAUAUCGGCUGUCUCAAUAUUUUUUGAAACGAUGCCAUACAGAUUGGAUGAGAGCACCGGUUAUAUUGACUAUGACCAGUUGGAGAAAAGUGCCACACUCUUUAGGCCAAAAUUAAUUGUUGCUGGUGCGAGUGCUUAUGCACGCCUUUAUGAUUAUGCACGUAUUCGCAAGGUUUGUGACAAGCAGAAAGCUGUCUUGUUGGCAGACAUGGCCCACAUUAGUGGGUUGGUUGCUGCUGGUGUUAUCCCAUCCCCUUUUGAAUAUGCAGAUAUUGUGACCACCACAACACACAAGUCACUUCGUGGUCCACGUGGUGCAAUGAUCUUCUUCAGGAAGGGGGUGAAAGAGAUUAACAAACAAGGACAAGAAGUGAUGUAUGACUAUGAAGACAAAAUCAAUCAAGCUGUCUUUCCUGGACUUCAAGGUGGUCCCCAUAAUCAUACUAUUUCUGGUCUGGCAGUUGCACUGAAGCAGGCCAUGACACCAGAGUACAAGGCCUACCAAGAGCAAGUUCUUAGUAAUUGCUCAAAGUUUGCUGAGAGUUUGCUAGAGAGGGGCUAUGAACUCGUGUCCGGUGGUACUGAUAAUCAUCUGGUCUUGGUGAAUUUAAGAAACAAGGGUAUUGAUGGUUCUCGAGUUGAGAAAGUUUUGGAAUUGGCGCACAUUGCAGCCAAUAAAAACACUGUUCCUGGGGACGUGUCCGCCAUGGUCCCUGGUGGUAUUCGUAUGGGAACUCCUGCUCUCACAUCUAGGGGAUUUGCCGAGGAGGAUUUUGUUAAAGUAGCUGAGUUCUUUGAUGCUGCUGUGAAAUUGGCCUUGAAGAUAAAGGCUGAUACCGAAGGACCAAAGUUGAAGGACUUUGUGUCAACUAUGAAGUCAGAUGCUCACAUGUCUGAGAUUGCAAAGCUCCGUCAUGAGGUUGAGGAGUAUGCCAAACAAUUUCCCACAAUUGGUUUUGAGAAAGAGACGAUGAAAUAUAAGGACUGAAACAAAUUAUCUUUAUGGUGCUAGAUUCAUAUAAAAAUGGGCUUCUUUUUACAUCAAUACAGGCAUGGGAGAAUUGUAGUAUGAAGAUUUAUAUAUGCUCAUCAUGAGGAAAGCAUGUUGACCAUACAUCUGUAGCAGCAGCAUGCUGCAAAAAUUUGGAUUUACAUCUUACUUUCGCUCAUUGGAAAGAGGAAACUCGGGCUAUUUUAUUCACUCCACAUGUAAAUUUUUGAAUUUUACUUGAUGUCACGCAAUGUAAUAACUUUAUGAAGUUACUUUUAUUUAAGCCAUUAAAACCCAUUUAAGUCUCAUUUGUGGGGAUCAAACAAUCACGCAACUUGCAUUCUUCGUUU